CAUUCAUUUUAUCACAUCACUUACUAUUGCGGUUUGCCAUUUGCCGCACACGUGCUUAGGUUUUGUGAUAUUUUUACCAAAUUAUUUUACUUUGCAGCGUUAGCGGGACAUCGGAAAGGAUCUCCUGUAAACAAAUAUUGUUUGGAAUCAUCCAAUCGUCACUGCAUUUAGGUUCUCGCCGUAGUCAAUGGCAAUGGUGUCCGAAGCGAAGGCGAACGGGGGCGAGAUGGAGGCGACCAACGAGCUUCCGCCAGCGUUGGCAGAGAAGCCAGCAGGCUUGCCUCCGGGCAAGUACGCGCUGGUCGGCUGGGACAUGGAUACCACUGGCCGCAGGCUUAUUGAUGAGAUCUGCCAGAUAGCUGCCUACACGCCGAAGCAGUCGUACUCUCAGUAUAUAAUGCCUUACGGCGACCUGAACCCGGGUGCGAGACGCCGACACAACGUCCGCGUUGUCACUGUGGGACGUUACCGCAUGCUCAAAGAUACUAAUACUCAUAAGAUAUUGAAAACUAAGUCUGAGAUAUCCGCCCUGUCCGACUUCCUGGACUGGUUGGAGAAGGAGAAGGGAGACGGCAGCGUGAUCCUCAUCUACCACGAGCCACGACGCCUUAGCCCCACCAUGCUGCUUGAAGCUCUCACCAGAUACAAGCUUCUGGACCGUUUCAAAUCCAUAGUCGCCGGUUUCGCGGACAGCUACGCUCUAGCGGCCGACAAAUGCAAGGCCACAGUGAAGUCGGUGUCCCUCCGAGUGUUGGCGCGAGUGCUGUUGGACGCCGACUCUCUGUCUGUGGACAGCGCCCUCGAACGUGCUACUGCAGCUUAUAGGAUUGUCGAGCAUUUGGCACAAGGUGAGCAGCAAGAAGUGGGCGCGGGCGGCGAGGGCGCGGCGGCGAGCCGCGACAUGGUGGAGACUGCUCGAGUGUGGGCGCGGCCCGUGCACACCGAGCUCGACGCGCUCGCCACGCUCAAGAAACUGCUCGAGAGACAGAACACGUUCCGGCCGGUGUUCGCGCCGCUGCUGCGGUCGGCGCGGCCGGAGCGCAAGCGCGUGACGCAGCUGCGGCGCCUGCUGGCCGACGCCGGCCUGCUCUACGACCAGCUCAAGGACGCCUGGCAGGAACAGAAGCUCGUCGGCUUGGAGAAGCAGAUGUCGUCGCUGACCGUGUCGGCUAAGGAGGAAGACAUAAAAGAACUGAUUGAGAUAUUUGACUGCCAUUUCGACCCCGCCAAGGAGCCGAAGGGACCAAAACCAAGAAUUCCCAGGAAUAAAAAUAGAGCCGCAUCGUCCGCGGGCGAGACGGGUGAGGCGGAGGGCAGCACCAGCGAGUCGCAGAACAGCUCGCCACAUAACUCACCCAAUAAGACUAGCAAUGAUGUGGCAGCGGGUGAUUCUAGUCAAGUAGCGUCGUCAUCCGAACCGGUGGCGGCCAACUAAGGCGUACAAUUUCACAAUUAAAGCUUAGACUUUUCUACCAUAGCUGUCGUUAAGUGUCGUAAGCAGCUCUCGUGUUAGCGACGACAACAGGGCUCCUGUCCUUCAAAACAACGUAAUAAAGCCUAACACUAAAGUUACAGCAAUGUGUCAACCACCUAAAUAUUUUAGGGUCUUCAGAUUGCCAAUAUUGGGCAUAUAUUUACUUAGUACUGAAGCAUUUGCAGUCUUACAUAUUUUUAUAAGUGUUCAUCUGUGGGACAUUAACUUUAGUGUUCGGCUAGCCCGUAUAUGACAGAGUAGGAAACAUCAAACUUCAGUCACCUACUGAGGUUGAAACGGCUGUCUUUCUUCUUUGUACACUUUCUCUUAGGGAAAGAGCUUCAGGCCAAUUUAUAAGGCCGUCGUGCGUCAUAUGGCACAGAGCUUGGCAAUUAUAUAAAGACACAAAAGCUAGUUUCUGCAAGUUUCCUACUCCGCGCAUGUCUUUUAUUAGUUUGCAAUAUUAAAAUGUAACAAAUGUGCAAUUUUAUAAUUUUGUGCAAUUUUUUGUCAAUUUUUAUACACUAUUGGGAAGGCAUAAUGUCAUGAGAACUACGUCCAGUAGUUUAGUUUUGGUUCACAUAAGACCGGCGGCGGGUGUAUAGGUAUUGUAUAUUCGUACUUAUCGUUUGUGUGCGUCGGUUUUAUCGGAACUUCGUCGCUAAUUCGACAGCAUUACAUCGGAGCCAUAGAGAUGUGACAAAACAUUUAUUCGUAUUAUACAAUUAGGUUUAAGUCUCCUUUGGAAUUGAGAGAUAUUUGUUUUGCAUGUUACGCGAUGGACGAGAUUUUUUUUUCAAACGCCCACUUUAUUUUUCACUUUUGCUUGCGCAUAAAGGUUUUUUUCUAUAAUAUAGAUGAUAAUGUAGAUGAGUGCCUUAGCAACUCAGUGUAAUAAGAUAAAAGUAUAUCCCAUAAUAUUUUGGCCUUACCUUUACAUUGUUGUUCGCAAUGUCAUAUACGCAUAUUUUAUACGGUCGAGUUAUUUUAAAAUAUUGCAAUUAUGUUACGCGGUAAAGACGAAAAAAAAGUUUUAUACAUUUUUAAAUAAUAAUUAAUAUAGCAGUUUUAAAAAAGGCUUCAGAAGAAGCAGUAUUUAUUUUGUUUAGGUCCUUGCGAGUGCAAUGUUGUGUCAUUUUGUACACUGAGGACUUAUUGAGUACAAUAUAGUACUUGUUUUAUUUAUUCAAAGAUACAUUUUAUUUAUUUCGUGUGUGCAAUCACAGGAACGGAUGGACUGAUAUUUACAUCCGGUAUUUAAAAAAAUAUUUUUAUUUUUUGUUUCUUUCUUUUUGCGUUACUUAUGCUGGCUAUUGCUAUAACAUUUUUUUGCUGACUACAUUACGUCACUUUUUCGUUUGCCAUAGAACGUUUCGAUAAAUAAGUUUUUUUUGUUCACCAUACAAUAAGCAAAGUAAUGGAAAAAGUGUGUACCUAUUAACUUACCUCUAAUUUAGUUAGUUUUAACAUAGACUGUACAUAUAAUUUAAUUUCUUAUUUUGUUCAGAUCUCUAAUAAAUAUGUAAGUCUA